AUGUGUAAUUUUGGCUAUAUUUCUAUUUUCCAGAUACACAUGUUAACAAAGACAAAGACAGUCCGCCACCGCAUCGAAGUGCCCGUAGAACAAGUUCUAGCUGAGAAGCGAGCCAUCGAAGCUGAACUGCAGCGGAAGAAGGAGGAAGCUGCCAAGAAGGAGAAGGAACGACGGGAGAAGGAGAAGGCGGAGAGAGAGGAACGACAGAGGAAGAAGAGAGAGGAACGAGAAAAACAAGAGCGUGAGAGGAAAGAGAAAGAGGCGGCGGAGAGGAAGGAGAAGGGCGAGGAGGAACCUGAACCUGCCGAGGGAGAGAACAAGGAGGACAGUGCUAAGGAUGACAGUGCCAAGGACGACGCACAGCCUAUGGAGGAAACCAGCGACGUUAAGGAGGAACCUAAGGAGAACGGCGAUAAGGCGGCGGAGAAGGCUCCCGAAGAGAAGGAAGACAAAACUGAGCCCAUGGAGACCGAACAGAGCGAGCCCGCGCCUGAGGUCGCACCCAAAGAGGAACCUGUACCUGAGGGUGAGCUCGCUGAGAUAACAGAAGAGCAAGUACUUCAGGCCCCGCCCGGACAUGUCCUGGACCCAAGGAUUCAGUUCGUCAUCCGCUACACAGUGGAGGAGGAGUUGGACGGCGAGGAGGCGUCCAUACUGCCGGGGUACGUGUUCAUCUGUAAGGCAGACAUCGUCGAGGGACCCGCCCGCCCAGCUACCAUCGCAGACUGCGAGGUGAUCCUGAUGGUGGGCAUGCCGGGCGCCGGCAAGACGCAGUGGGUGCGGCAGCACGUGGCGGCCAGCGCGCGCCGCUACUGCGUGCUGUCCACCGCCACGCUGCUCGACCGCAUGAAGGUGGACUGUAAGCCCUUCCGCGCCAGCUACGAGGGCCGCUGGGACGCUAUGGUGUCCAAGUGCGCUAAAUGCGUGCUUAAGUUGUUGGAAAUCGCGAAGGGCCGCAAAAGGAAUUUUAUCCUUGACCAGACGAACGUAUACCCGUCGGCCCAGAGGCGGAAGCUCAGGGAAUUCGACGGGUACCGGCGGGUCGCAGUCGUCAUAGUGACCGACGACGACACCUACCGCGACCGACAGAAACGACGCGAGGAGCUCGACGGCAAGGAGGUGCCCGACGGGGCUAUCGUGGACAUGAAAGCCAACUUCGCGCUGCCCGAGAAGUGCUCGUGGCUAGACGAGGUAAUAUUCCCCGAGCUGAGCGGCGAGGCAGCCGCUGCAGUAGUGGACGCGUACCACCGCGAGGCGCGCGCCGCCGGCGUGGCGCGCGACUCGCACCGCCGCGACCGCUCCGACGACAGGGACCUGCCGCCCGCCAAGCGACAUCGCUCCAGCGACAAGCGACACCCGCGCGACGACAGGCGCAGGGACUUCUCCCGCGGAGAUAGAGAGGACCGUUGGGGUGGUAGCACGGGGUCUGGCGGCGGCGGCGGGGCGCGCUGGGGCGGCGCGGGCCGCGGCGGCAGUCGCUGGGGCCCGCGCGAGCCGCGCCCUCCCUCCAACACUCGCUUCGACCGACCCUGGCAGGGACCGCCGCAACCUGGCGCGCCCGCCGGACCUAACCGAUAUGACAACGACUUCCGCGGCGGAUCAGGUCGCGGUGGGCGCGGCGGCGGCGGGCGAGGCGACCGCGGUGGCCGGGGCGGCGCGCCGCCCAACAACGACAGGUUCGCGCGGGACAGGCACUCGCGCCCCAACGACCGCGGACCUGACAAGAGACACCAUCAACCUGGUGGCGCGGGUAACAAUGGCGGCGGGGCGGGGUCGUGGCAGCGCGGCGCGGGCGGCCCGCGCGGGGCCAUGCAGACACGGCCCGGCCACGCGCCCGGACCGCACCAACGACCCAACCAGCCCAACCAGAAGGAUGGACAGAAUCAAAACCAAAACCAGAACCAGGCCAACCAACAGGGAUGGAACCAGUGGGCCGGUGGAUGGGGAGGAUGGGGUAACUGGAACCAAAACCAAGGUUGGGGCAACUGGGGUAACUGGGGCAACUGGGGCAAUCCUCAGCAGCAGUCGGGCGGCGCCCGCCGCCUACAGCGCGCAGCAGUGGUACCAGUGGCAGCAGUGGCAGCAGCAACAGCAGCACGCCUGGCCCGGGUAUCAGCAAGGUAA